GACAAUGAAAGUUGCCCAGUCCAGAUACCUGUUGCUUCUAUUUCUCCUUACAUGUGAGCUGGCCCCAGAAGUUGCUGCAGCAGUUGAGAAAUCGUCAGAUGGUCCUGGUGCUGUCCAGGAACCCUUGCAGCUCACAGAUGUUCCAGCUGCCAUGGAAUUCAUCGCUGCUGCUGAGGUGGCUGUUAUUGGUUUCUUCCAGGAUUUAGAAAUACCAGUAGUUUCUGUAUUCCAUAGCAUCGUGCAAAAAUUCCAAGACGUGUCAUUUGGAAUCAGCACUGAUCCUGAGGUUUUGACCCACUAUAACAUCACUGGGAACACCAUUUCCCUCUUUCGUCUGGUAGAUAAUGAACAACUGAAUUUAGAUGACGAAGACAUUGAAAACAUUGAUGUCACCAAAUUAAGCCGUUUCGUUGAAAUCAACAGUCUCCACUUGGUGACAGAGUACAAUUCUGUGACUGUGAUUGGCCUAUUUAACAGCAUGAUUCAGAUACAUCUUCUCCUGAUGAUGAACAAAGCCUCCCCAGAGUAUGAAGAGAAUAUACACAGAUACCAGAAGGCAGCCAAGCUCUUCCAGGGGAAGAUUCUCUUUGUUGUGGUGGACAGUGGUAUGAAGGAAAACGGGAAGGUGAUAUCUUUUUUCAAACUGAAGGAGUCUCAACUGCCAGCUUUGGCAAUUUACCGGACUCUGGAUGAUGAGUGGGAUACUCGGCCCAUAGUGGAAGUUUCAGUAGAAAAUGUGCAAAGCUUUUGUGAUGAAUUCCUAGAAGGGAAGUUACUGAGAGAAAAUCAUGAAUCAGAAGAAAAGACACCAAAGGUGGAACUCUGAUUUCUCCCUGGUAUUGCAUGCUACCAAGUA